AUGAGCGCCAAGGUACCUAGGAAUUUCCGUCUCCUCGAGGAGCUCGAGAAGGGCGAGAAGGGCCUUGGAGCAGAGGCCUGUUCCUAUGGUCUGAACGACAACGAGGACCUGCUCAUGUCUGACUGGAACGGCACCAUCCUCGGUCCUCCUCAUAGCGUCCACGAGAACCGCAUCUACUCCGUCAAGAUGCACUGCGGCCCCAAGUACCCCGACGAGCCCCCAACGAUCCAGUUCAUCAGCCAGGUCAACCUUCCCUGCGUCAACCCGCGCAACGGUGUCGUCGACCCCCAACAGCUGCCGUGUCUCGCGCAGUGGAAGCGCGAGAACACCAUGGAAACGGUCCUUAUCGAGAUCAGGAGGUACAUGGCGUCGCCCUCCAACAAGAAGAUCCCUCAGCCUCCCGAGGGCGCCUGCUACGAGUAG